ACUAGAACCAUUCACACAGGCCAACACUCUGAGGAGUCACCCGUAGAAGUCAGAAAAGGUUUUCUCUAGUGCAAUUAUGCAGGGUCAUUAUUGCCCUCUGUUCUACCACGUGAUUGUGAACAAAGUUCUCAUAAUUCUGAUGAGGCCAGGCUGGAAAGAAAUGAAGGCAUCAGAAUCGAAUUUGAAUGCAGUACUUCUGCAGAGACAAAGUGGUCCGCCAUCUGCUAAGCGUGGGGCCUCCGGAUGUAUAACUUUGUUGAACACGAAAGACGGGAAGCAGCUCAGCUUUUACUUUUCCUCUUUGCUAUCCAUCAACUGUUAGCUGUACAAAUACUACGAACCAAGUCUGGACAAAAAAAUGAGAGGUCGGUUUUACUUUAUCCUUCUCUCUAAUCUUGCAAUUACUUGGACUCUGCUGGUUAUUAAUAUUAAACUGAAAUUGGCAUA